AUGGCCUCGACGACAAAGGAACGCUCUCUUCCUACCUUCCCAACAAUCCACCAAUGUCCGUCAAUCGGUCGCGAAAAGCACACUGUGGUGGCGGACAUGGACGGCACUCUGCUCAGAGGCCGCAGCUCCUUCCCUUACUUCGCCCUCGUGGCCUUUGAGGUCGGAGGCAUAUUAAGGCUUCUCUUUCUACUACUCGCAUCUCCACUCGCCGGCCUUUUGUACUACUGUGUCUCUGAGUCCGCCGGCAUCCGCGUCCUCGUUUUCGCAACUUUCGCAGGCAUGAGAGUUUCCGACAUCGAAUCUGUUGCACGUGCGGUUCUCCCGAAAUUCUACUCAACUGACCUCCACUCCGAGACGUGGAGAGUCUUCUCUUCCUGCGGGAAACGCUGCGUUUUGACGGCGAACCCGAGGAUCAUGGUGGAGGCGUUUUUGAAGGAGUUUUUGGGUGCGGACAUGGUGCUCGGGACAGAGAUCUCCACGUACAGAGGCCGAGCUACAGGGUGGGUCCUCAGCCCCGGGAUUACAGUCGGAAAAAACAAAGCCGACGCGCUCAACAAAGCCUUCGGUACUGACCCGUCCUCGGCCCCGGAUAUUGGGCUCGGAGACCGGAAAACUGAUUUUCCGUUCAUGAAGCUUUGCAAAGAGAGCUACGUGGUUCCAGCUAAGCCGGAAGUCGAGCCGGUAAGCCACGACAAGUUGCCGAAGCCGAUAGUGUUUCAUGACGGCCGGCUCGUCCAGAAACCAACGCCGCUCAUGGCUCUGCUCACAAUUCUUUGGAUCCCCGUCGGCUUCAUGUUAGCUUGCUUGCGCAUCGCAGCAGGCUCACUGCUCCCUAUGCCAGUCGUAUACUACGCUUUUUGGGCCCUGGGCGUACGGGUGUACAUCAAAGGCACCCCGCCUCCUCCCGCUAAGAAAUCGAUAGGCCAAAGCGGAGUUCUUUUCAUUUGCUCACACCGAACCCUCCUUGACCCGAUUUUUCUAUCCACCGCCUUAGGCCGUCCGAUCCCGGCUGUCACGUACUCUUUGUCCCGUCUCUCGGAGAUAAUCUCUCCCAUCAAGACCGUCCGGCUCAGCCGUGACCGAGUUACCGACGCCAACAUGAUCAAGAAGCUACUUGAACAAGGAGACCUAGUCAUAUGCCCCGAAGGGACGACAUGUCGUGAGCCGUUUUUGCUAAGGUUUUCGGCGCUGUUCGCGGAGCUGACCGACGAGCUCGUGCCGGUGGCGAUGUCGAACCGGAUGAGCAUGUUCCACGGCACCACGGCCAGAGGGUGGAAAGGGAUGGAUCCGUUUUACUUCUUCAUGAACCCUAGCCCGGCGUAUGAAGUGAACUUCUUGAAUAAGUUACCGUACGACUUGACGUGUGGGGCCGGGAAGUCGAGCCAUGAGGUGGCGAAUUACAUACAGAGGAACAUCGCCGCGAGCUUGUCGUACGAGUGCACGACGUUCACUCGGAAGGACAAGUACCGGGCAUUGGCCGGAAACGACGGCAUUGUGGAGGAGAAGCCUAAGCGUGCUGCCGCAGCUAAGAAAAUCAUGGGCUGCUGA